CAGCGGCUGAUCCCACGUUCAUGGGAUCAUCUUUUGUGGUGUUCUGUUGAGCGCCAUUUUGAUUAUAGUAUUAAGGAGGGGGUUCCAGACAAUACUUUGCCAGAUAUUUUUCCAAUUUCAACACAUUUGUACCUGAUUCGACUGACCUUAAGAAAGAGACUAAGACAUUUCCGUAUAGCGAAAAUGGCCACGGGAGCAAAUGCAACUCCUUUAGGGAAGUUGCACCCCAGCAUCGGCGCUAAACGAGGAUUUGACGCUGGGCCUGGUGCAGGCAACGGGUUGAUGCCGACGCCGGGGCCGCCUGCAGCCUUCCCGUCGCUACAAGGUUUCCAGCCCUCGAUGCCAAACACAGCUUUUCCGCAGUCACAUCAGUUCAAUGCAGUGGCGGGUUUUGCGGCCCAGGCUCAACAACAACCAGCGGUGGCGGCCGGACUGGCCAAACCAGUAGAUUUUGGUCAGAAGAAACACAGAAAGAAAAGUCGUUGGAGCAGCGAGACGCCUGAUCAGAAGACAGUCAUACCGGGCAUGCCCACUGUCAUUCCCCCUGGACUAACCCGGGAUCAAGAGAGAGCCUAUAUAGUCCAACUGCAGAUUGAAGACCUGACUCGUAAACUGCGUACAGGAGACCUGGGAAUCCCUGUUAACCCUGAGGACAGGUCUCCCUCUCCUGAGCCCAUCUACAACAGUGAGGGCAAGAGGUUGAACACUCGCGAGUAUCGCACGCGGAAGAAGAUUGAAGAGGAACGUCACUCGCUCAUCACUGAAAUGGUCGGCCUCAACCCUGACUUCAAACCUCCUGCAGACUAUAAACCUCCGGCCACUAGAGUCAAUGACAAAGUCAUGAUUCCCCAAGAUGAAUACCCCGAGAUCAACUUUGUUGGUCUGCUUAUUGGACCACGUGGUAAUACCCUGAAGAACAUUGAGAAGGAAUGCUGCGCCAAGAUCAUGAUCCGUGGUAAAGGAUCUGUGAAGGAGGGGAAGGUUGGCCGAAAAGAUGGACAAAUGCUGCCAGGCGAGGACGAGCCUCUGCACGCCCUGGUCACUGCCAACACAAUGGAGAAUGUCAAGAAAGCUGUGGAGCAGAUUCGCAACAUCCUUAAACAAGGCAUUGAGACGCCUGAGGAUCAGAAUGACCUACGCAAGAUGCAGCUGAGGGAGCUGGCCAGACUCAAUGGUACACUGAGAGAAGAUGACAACAGGAUCCUUCGUCCUUGGCAGAACUCUGAGCCCCGCAGCAUCACCAACACCACCCUCUGUACCAAAUGUGGUGGAGCAGGCCACAUCUCCUCUGACUGCAAGUACACAAGCUCAUUCGCUGCCCACAGAGCAACUGGUGGUGAGCCUCCUCAGUCGGCCCAGGACAAGGCUCGUAUGGACAAGGAGUAUCUGUCCCUCAUGGCUGAGCUGGGGGAGGCUCCGGUCCCUUCAUCAGGUGGAGGACACUCCAGCACCCAGGGAGGAGCUCCUCGGGCCUCUGGACCCAAUAGUAACCAGCCACCACCGCAGAACCGGCCUCCUUGGAUGAGCUCUGGUCCAACUGAAAAUAGGAACUUCCAUGGCAUGCAUGGAGGGCCCGGCGGCCAUGGAGGACCUCACAACUUCCCUCCCCCCAUGCCCAACAUGGGAGGCCCUCCUAUGCCCCCCAACCCCAAUGGCCUGCCUCCCCCCUGGAUGCAGCCCCCUCCUCCCCCCAUGGGCCAGGGUCCAGGACCUCACGGACAUCCCAUGGGUCUGCUGCCACCUCCAAUGGGCAUGAUGCCACCUCCACCCCCUCCCCCCAGCAGUCAGCCACCACCUCCCCCUUCUGGACCCCUGCCACCGUGGCAGCAGCAGGCUCCACCUCCCCCGCCAACCAGCAGCAUGGCAACCAGCACACCGCUGCCCUGGCAACAGAAUACCACCACCACAUCCAGCCCUGGCACUGCCACCCUGCCUCCAUGGCAGCAGCCCCAGCAGCCUGCAGCCUCCGGAGCCCAGCCCCCACCACCCAUGGGUACCCCAUCCAUGGUGCCGCCUCCCCCCGGAGUCCAGCCCCCAUUGCCCCCCGGUGCCCCUCCUCCUCCCCCUCCACCACCUCCAGGCUCAACCGGCAUGAUGUACGCCCCACCACCGCCCCCGCCACCAAUGGACCCUUCCAACUUCGUCACCAUGAUGGGGAUGGGUGUGCCAGGCAUGCCCCCCUUCGGCAUGCCUCCUGCCCCACCACCUCCUCCACCCCAGAAUUAACCCUCCCACAGAAGAAUCGUCCUCCCACAAGAGUUUCCACCCUGCAGCACAUUGUUCACCAGAUACCAAUAGACUGAUGUUAUAUACAGAGCGUCUGUCUGCUCACAGAAAAAAAUAUAACCAGUGCUUUAUUUUUUAUUGAUCCUUGAUAUUGUGAAGACAUCUCUCAAACAAUGAAAGGCUGUGUCGGUUCAAUUUGUAAAGUUGCGUAAAUUAAUGAGUUAUUUUCCUGUUUUUAAAGUCUGUAUUAAUACAAAGCUCCUUGUGUGCAUACAAACACUUGCUUUCGGGCAUAUGUUCUGCAGUGCUACUGUAGUCUGUCAUAUUAUUUGUAUACCAAAUAAACUGCUCCAAUCGGCAGCUGUAAGUUUAAUUUGUGCUGAACAGUCUCAUCGCUUCAAAUGUUCAAUUCAAACCUGAACUCUUAACUUUGAUUGGAUUAAUAUAUUACAGCUCAACUUGCAUGAUCCACUUUAAACACCACAUUCUGUUUCAAGUGACAAAUUUCUACUCCUGUUAUGCUUCCUGUGUUGGCUUUCAGUUGAAUAAGAUUAAUAUUUUUGUAAUAAUGAGAUGUGAAGUGUAUCUUAUGUCAAACCUUUUUGUAGUACUGUAUCAUUGUUUUCCAGAAAUUCCCAGGGGUUUUGAUUAUUUUUCUUUUUGUUACUUGCAUGCAUCUCAGUUGUGAAAUUGAGUUUGAAAAGAGGGGAAUUGGUGCUGCGAUCUGCCAGCUUCUGAACCUCUGGACUACUUGAAUGCUGAGAAUCUGAAUUAUCCUUGUUUUUCUGCAUCUCUCUGCUCUAAGACGCCGUGUGCAGUGUUUGUGUUGCUUCUGCAAGGACAAAAAUAUCAGAUUUGUCCCUCCAGUUACUAAAGAAGAAAAAUGUUAGUUUUCCUCUGUUUCUGCAGUUGUUGGUCUGUUGUGUUACAGCGCUAGCUUGAAUGAAUAGCUGUUAAAAUCUUGCUUAGUUAGCAUUAAACUGAUCUAUUUCACCUUUA